AAUAUGAGAAUAUGAUUAAAUAAGGCGUCUGUUCACUCGCUGUAGUGAAAUGUGUUUUCCCAUUGUUGAAAAAGUAAAAAGUGGCAACUCAACAUCUCGACUGCCCGUGUCGUCUUUACGACGCGAGUGGAGUGCGCUGGCUCACACAACCGCUUGGCGCUCAUACGGUCUGGCUAACUUACCGCUCAAAGACCUUGCCGGUGCAAAUAGUUUGAGAUAACUCGCUGAAAUUUUGUUAUAGAGAGCAUCAACUUGGAAUCAUGAGAGAAAGAUGAUAGACAGUAAAAUUGGCUUACUGUUAGGUGAACACUGGGUUUGCUAACUACUUGAUUAAGUCAGUAAAGAACAUAUUUUUAUAACAAUGAAUUGGUCACGUUUGUAUACGCUCAAGCAGUUAAACUGAACGUUCAAAACAAGAGUGGGAGGCGAAGGCAAGACCGAAUUGUGAUACACAAAGAAAUAAUUGAAUAAAGGGGACAAGAAGACAAAUACACUACGAUGACAGAUAUCGUCAAAGCCUCUGUAACGACGAUGGGCAGCAGCGACGAUGAAGUCAGAUUGGACUGGCCCGACGCCUUCGUCAUCGUCGUCUACUUCUGCUUCGUCCUCCUGGUGGGGCUAUGGUCUUCCAGAAGAAACCAACAUGGAACCCUCUCCAGCUAUUUCCUGGCUUCGAGGGAUAUGCACUGGAUUCCCGUCGGGGCGUCAUUGUUCGCCAGCAACAUUGGGUCAGGUCAUUUCAUAGGUCUGGCGGGAGCUGGGGCUGCUUCAGGUAUUGCAGUGGCUGGCUUCGAAUUAGGGUCGGUGUACACCCUGAUGAUGCUGGGGUGGCUCUUCGUACCUGUCUACAUGAGUUCGGAAGUGUACACGAUGCCAGAGUACUUGAGUAAAAGAUUCGGGGGCAAGAGAAUCAGAAUCUACCUGUCAUUCCUGGCUCUCGUCCUCUACAUCUUCACCAAAAUAUCGGCUGACCUGUAUGCUGGGGCGCUGUUUAUGCAGUUGGCCAUGAAUAAAAGUUCUGACGAGUGGCUUUACAUCAGCAUCCUCAUCCUACUUGGAAUAGCAGCCAUAUUCACCAUCGUUGGCGGUCUGGCAGCGGUUGUGUGGACGGACUUCAUUCAGAUUAUACUCAUGGUCGUUGGAGCUUUCAUCUUGAUGGGAACCUCCCUUAACGCCGUUGGGGGCUACCAGGCGCUGGUCGAUGCAUACCCAGAGGCCAGGGCGUCUGUCCAGUCAGUGGACUCGUUCAAUAAUUCGUGCGGAAACCCACCGGACGAUUACAUGAGCCUCUUUCGAUCCAUCGUGCCGGGCAAAAGUGAAUAUCCGUGGACUGGGAUGGUCAUUGGCGUGAGGCUGAAUGCGAUAUGGUAUUGGUGCACUGAUCAGGUAAUAGUCCAGAGAACACUCGCGAGCAAAAGCAUGUGUCACGCUAAAGGUGGCUGCGUUUUAGCAGCCUAUUUGAAGUUCCUUCCGCUGUGGUUGCUGGUGAUACCGGGGAUGGCCGCCAGAGUUCUCUACCCCGACAGAGUUGCUUGUGCCACCCCUGACGCCUGCAGAGCAAUCUGUGGCAAUCCAUCCGGAUGCAGCAAUAUUGCUUAUGCAGAACUGGUUUUAAACCUUUUACCCACUGGGCUUUCAGGCCUAAUGCUAGCUGUCAUGAUGGCAGCUUUGAUGACUUCCUUAACUUCCAUCUUCAACUCGGCAUCGACUAUCUUCACCAUCGAUGUGUGGAUGUUGUUCCGAACGAGGUUCUCUCGACAGAGGACGAAGCCCACCGAGACGGAGCUUCUCGUUGUCGGGAAGGUCUUUGUGAUGGUGCUGGUUGUUAUAUCAGUUCUGUGGAUCCCGGUUAUACAGACAUCCGGGAAUUCACAGCUUUUCCACUAUAUUCAGAGAAUAUCAUCCUUUUUAGCUCCACCAAUCUGUGCUGUGUUCGUAUUAGCUGUAUUUUGGGGAAGAACAAAUGAGCCGGGAGCAUUCUGGGGUUUGAUGUUUGGACUCUUUGUUGGUAUGGUGCGUUUUGUCUUAGAGUUCGCCUACACAGUUCCUACUUGUGGUUCAGGUUUGCCUGAUGUCCGUCCAGAGUUAAUUAAAAUCCUUGUAGGUAACAUUCAUUACACACACUUCAGCAUAAUCCUCUGGAUUUUAUCAGGGAUAGUGACAGUUUCUAUAUCUCUCAUGACAACUCCUAUCCCUCCAGAAUGUUUGUAUCGGUUGACAUUCUGGACACGUAAGGAUUCUCGGGUUCGUAAAUCACAUAAGUGUACUUAUGAUGAGUCGGAUAUCAACAAGUAUAUGGAAAGUGCUGAGGUCAUGUCAGGAUCCAGUGUUGAGGAAUUUAGCAUCGAAAACCCUCCUCCAGUUGGAAGCAAAUGGAAGAGAAUGAUAAAUGUUUUGUGUGGCAUAUAUGCUGCUGAUCCCGAGGCCAAAGAAGCAGGGUUGUCACAAUCAACACCUGAACAAUUAGCAAAGGCAGCUGCUGAUUUUCUUUAUGAACCUCCAUUUUGGAAUAGGUUCAUCAACUGGAACUGCUUCAUAUGUCUGGUACUUUGUACCGUCAUUGUGAUAUACUAUGCAUAAUGAUCUGUUAUAGUACAGUACAUAUACUGUAAUAUGGCUUUAACUGGAGAGGCAGAAAGAGAAUUUCAGAUUACUAUACAGUAUUGCAAAAUUCAGUACAGUAUUUAGAAUAUAUUGUAACCUUCAUGCAUACUUGUACAUAUUCAGAGGAUUAUAGGUAUCUAAAGGAAUAUAUUUUUAGCUGAAUGUUUUGCUCAGUGUAUAAUUCUUUAUUAUUAAGUCUACCUAAUGUCAUUUAUUUCAAAUCCAUAUGUACAUCGAGAGAUCCUAUUUAGCUAUUAGAAAUACAAAGAGGUGUCAGAUGUAGAGUACCUUUCAAUAUCAUUAUCAGAGAACAAUAUGCUUAGGAUAGAUGAAGUUAAUAGUGCAAAGUUAUUCCACGGGCAGCUGCUGCAUUGUCUGUUAGUCUUCUGAGCAGUAAUGUGUGCCUAUAUGGCCUUUGUGAACAUUCUUUUCAAAAGUGAUUGAACUGAGAUAUGUAGAUUAAGUUAUCAUUUUUUAUCAUGUCAAGAUUUUUAAGCUGUAAUUGACAAUUAUUAUUAUUGAGUAUAAUUGUCAUGUUUAAAACUCUUGGUUCAUCCACUAUACCCCAUAGUCUUCAGUUUAUGUUUAAUACUGAAAAGCAUUUACUACAUAAUAAAUGAGAUAUAAAACAUAAGAACUACUUAUUUUAAGAUACAUUAGACAAAAACAAGCUUUAUUGUUCACACACAUCAUUUUGUAUGACAUGGUUAAGCUGAAGAAUUUUUCCAAAGUGGGUUUUUACUUGGAACUGACAAUCAUGUCAUUACAUUAAAUGAACCACCACUGGGGACAGCGUUCAUCUUGACUUGUAAUAAAAAUGGAUUUGUUAAAGAUAUAA